AUGAGAUUGCGGCGUGAUGCCUCCAAGGCUCAGCCAAGCAAGGCCAAGGUUCUACACCUGACGGCCAAGGACCGUCCAAGAACCUACCAACGUCUCGGCGAUGAGGAUUAUUCCAAAGAGUUUUCGUCCAAUUCCUGGCUCGCUCAGCUUCACUUGUUCCUCAUCAGGGACCUUCUCUUGCCUUGCUUGACUUGUACUGAAAGCAGAGACGUUGGCACCUUUCAACGCGAGACGACUGAGUCUGAAUUCUCAGAAGCUAUGCCGAACCACCAGUUUGACUAUAUUCUGGGUCUUGGCAGCAUCUUUGCUGCUCUUGACGCCUGGAACAUCGGUGCCAACGAUGUCGCCAACUCUUGGGCUACCUCGGUCGCCUCCCGGUCCGUCUCUUACCUGCAGGCCAUGGUCCUCGCCACCAUAAUGGAGUUCGGCGGUGCCAUGGGUGUCGGUGCCCGUGUCGCCGAUACCAUCCGGACCAAGAUCGUCGACACCUCGCUCUUCGCCCAGAACCCGUCCUUGCUCAUGCUCGGCAUGCUCUGCGCCAUCAUCGCCUCGUCGUUGUAUCUGACCCUUGCUACCUCCAUCGGUCUCCCGGUCUCGACUACUCACUCCAUCUUGGGAGGCGUCAUCGGCAUGGGUAUCGCUUCCGUCGGCGCCGACGGUGUCCAGUGGGUGGCCAAGGGCAAGAAGGGCACCGAGCUCAUCAGCUCCGGCGUCAUCCAGGUCUUCCUCGCCUGGAUCAUCGCCCCGGGCCUGUCCGCCUGCUUCGGCGCCAUCAUCUUCACCAUCACCAAGUACGGCGUCAUGCUCCGCAAGAACCCCGUCUGGAAGGCCCUGGCCUACGUCCCCAUCUACUUUGGCGUCGCCGCCUCCCUGCUCACCAUGCUGCUCCUGUGGAAGGGCGGCAACUACAAGGUCACCCUCACCGACCCGGAGCUCAUCGGCACCAUCAUCGGCACCGGCGCCGCCUUCGCCCUCUUCAUCUGCGUCACCCUCAUGCCCUGGCUCUACCGCGUCGUCAUCAAGGACGACUGGCAGCUCCGCUGGUGGCACAUCCCCCUCGGCCUGCUGCUCCUGCGCCGCGGCGACCCCCCGCCGCCCCCUGCCGACUACGACAUGCCCGACUUCUACGCCGGCCACGCCACCAAGGAGGAGCUCGAGGCCCGCCGCGCGGCCGAGCGCGGCGACGUCGAGGUCGCGGGCGAGUCCGGGACCCAGGAGGCCAAGGAGAACAGCGGCGCCAACAACGCCCUGGCCGUCUCCGACUCGGGCAACAGCAACGACAGCGCCGCCGCCGCCGCCGCCGCCGCCGCCGCCGCCGCCGCCGCCGCCGCCGCCGCCGCCC